CUCUGCAAGAACUCUUGGCCAUUCCGUUCUUCCCCCCUCCUCUUGGCCGACAGUUCUUCGCUCUCUCUUCUUUUUCUGCUUCUCCCGUCCAGUGAUCUUCCUCCGCAUUUCUAAUAGAAAUUUUACUUCUUGGGAAGCCAUUGCCAGUUGAUAGCCCUGUUUGAUCGAAUCUUUGGAAGGCUCUGCUUGGUUCUUGGUUCUUGUGGUGCUCUGCUCUCUCAAAUUCAUGCCCCCCCUCCUCCUCCCCCUUUCCCCGUCUCCCCUGGUUUUACUGGCUUCCGAGGAGUGGCUUGCGCUUUGAUCUCUGGGCCAAAAACUUUCUGGGAGGUUUGUUUGUGCCUCAUCUAUCUUCUUGUUCCAUUAUUACAAGCAGGAGCAACAGAGGCAAAAAAAUUUCUUGUUUUCAGGGAUGCAUCAUGCAGGAGAGGAUGAGUGGUGGGAGUACUUCCCAUGCCCCUUCUGCUACAUUGAGGUGGAGGUCCCCUUCCUCUGUGACCACCUGCAGGAGGAGCACUGCUUCGACAUGAGGAAUGCUGUGUGCCCGAUCUGCGCCGACAACCUCGGGGCCGACACGACAGGGCAUUUCAGGGAACGGCACUCACAGCAACUCAAGAUGAGGAAGUCGUCUUCUUCCAGAGCAGGGGCAGCAGGUUCUGACAAGGAGGCAUAUGAAGAGGACGACUCCUACUUUGAAGAAUCAUCGUACAUCAUGGGCCAGCCGGUUCCUGAUGAUCAUUCACCUGACCCUCUGCUCUCCCAGUUCAUCUGCACGGUCGCGCCUCCGGUCGUCGAUCCGGAGCCCAGCAAGGCCGAGGAGGAGGAUCAUGCUGCACCGUCCUCGGAUGAUCAGAGGCUGAAUCAGGUUGUCAUGGACGAUGCGUCGAAGAAGGACCUCGAGGAGCGGUUGCGGAGGGUCGAGUUUGUGAAGCAGAUGCUGAUGACAACGAUAGCUUGGGACUGAUUAUCCAGGGCUGGUUAUAGCACUUGACUAGCUAGGAUUGCUCAGGAUCUUGGAAGUGCCAUUUUUGUUGAGAUUGACCCUUUGGUACAUGUAUACCUGCAACCUUGGAUACCUGAAUUGACCAAUCUUGAUCCUUUUAAGCUAAGCUUUGGUUAUCAUCAUGUCUCUUUCCAGGAGAAA